AUGUCCAACUUCAUUGUGCGUCCGGCCGGCGCGGACAAAGACCCUUUUAGAAUCGGGCUGACGGCCGUGUCGAUGCUCUCGCUGAAGCUCAAGUCCGGGGACAUCUGUGAACUCCGAGGAGCGGACGGGGAUAACACCAAUGGCAAGAGAAAACUCGCCGUUGCGUGGCAGGGUCUGGGCCCGGGGAUGAAGGACUCGAUCGUCCAGACGUCGAGAUUGCUCCAGGAAGCCUACGGGUUCAAGUUGGGCGAUAAAGUCACCAUCUCGCGCUGGCCACAUCCUCUGCCGAGUUCCCUCUCGGUGACGGUCCAGAAGGUGCCGGGAGGCCAGCCGGACGCUGACACGACUGACUCGAAGUCCUGGUCGAAACAGAUCGCCUCUUACAUCUCCCCUACGGGCGAAUAUAUGGUCGUGUCCCAGCGACUACACUGUCCGCUGCCCAACAAGUCGGACAAGGCCGGAGCAGUCGAGUUUGUCGUCAAGGACGUGGGUGUGCCUGACUCCCUGUUUGCACGCGUGACCAGGGACACGACAUUUCGCGUCGUCAGCUCAGAGACAUCCGAUCAGCCAGUGACUAUUGUUUUCGAACCAAAGCACCUCGGCGGGAUACGAUCGCAGAUUGCUCAAGUGCAGGACAUCGUGAGCGAUCUCUGCAAUCCGGUUGCCAAACAGCAUUUCCAAGCGUACGAGCCUGUGCAGGGCCUUCUUCUAUAUGGGGCUAAAGGCACGGGCAAAUCUGCCGUGAUUACUGCUUUGGCUGAUUGCGCGUGGCCUGCGGUCCGAUCCUGGAUGCCAGGGACAGAGAUCCACGCUUCACCAGAUCCCUGUCUCGUCCUCGUGAGGCCAGAGUAUAUCAUCAAAGGUUCCGGCACUAGCAGCUCUUCUACUGUGUCCCGUGAACUGGACUUGAUGUUUGAGCGCAUCAAGGGAAGCCCUACCCUAGUGGUCGCUGAAGCCAGGCAUCCGAAUGACGUUGACGAAAGGCUGCGGACAGAAGGCAGAUUUGCGGCCGAGAUUGAGUUGCCGAUCCCCUCGGCGCUUCAGAGGAAAGAGAUCCUGCUGGCCCUGCGAGGCGAGGACAGUAUCCCGGGGGACGACCUUUUGCAGGAAAUUUCAGAGAGGACUCACGGAUACGUGGGCGUCGAUCUGCGGGCUCUUCUUCGGGUGACGAUCCACUUGGCAUCGAAGCACCUGCCGGCUCACGAGGCAGCAGAAGGCGAUGGAGGGUCUCCCAUGGUGAUAGAGCCCGCAGACCUCGAGACUGCCCUACAACAGGUCCGACCGUCUGCCCUGCAGGAGAUAUUCCUCGAGACGCCCAACGUCCGAUGGACCGACAUCGGCGGCCAGCACGAAGUCAAGCGACAACUGCACAACGCCGUGGAGCGCCCGUUGCGGUUCGCCGACCGCAUGAAGAAGUUGCGCCUACAACCCAAGAAGGGAGUCCUGCUGUACGGCCCGCCGGGGUGCUCCAAGACUCUGCUCGUGCGGGCGCUGGCGACGGAAGCCGGGCUGAAUUUUCUGGCCGUCAAGGGCGCCGAGCUGAUUUCCAUGUACGUGGGCGAGAGCGAGCGGGCGACGCGCGAGGUGUUCCGCAAAGCGCGCGCGGCCAGCCCGAGCAUCAUCUUCUUUGACGAGAUCGACGCGAUCGCCUCGCGCGGGAGGAGUGGCAGUGACCUGAACGUGCUGACCACGCUGCUCAACGAGAUGGACGGCUUCGAGGAGCUGCGCAACGUGUUUGUCGUCGCCGCGACCAACAAGCCGCAAAACAUCGACCCGGCCCUUCUGCGUCCGGGCAGAUUUGACAACAUCGUCUACAUCGGUCCGCCGGACGUGGAAGCGAGGAAGGAGAUCUUCCACAAGCGCCUCGAAGGCGUCUAUGACAAUCCCGACAGCCUCGAGGACGACGUCGGAGAAUUCGCCAGUGCCACAGAAGGGUUUUCGGGUGCCGAGGUCGUGGCCAUUUGCCAGACAGCCGGGGAAAACGCCUUUGACGCGGACCGCGACAUCAUCGUGUCCGACGACGUUCGCAAGGCGAUCGGGCAGACGCCCAAGAGCAUCACGAGGGAGAUGUUGCUGGAAUUUGAGAUGUGGAAUGCCGCGCGGAUGCGAUAG